GACCACAGGAGACAAAAAGAAACUAAAGCAAUUCCUGGGCAAACAUGCUGCAAGGAAACACUCAGAGCAUCAGGCUGGGCCUGUUCUUUGUGAUGACUGUAUGCGCAGUGUUCACAGAAGCUUUUCCCAGAGGUCCUUUGAAGAAGCACUGCCACCUCACCAAGUACAGAUCUUUGUCACCUUCAGAACUGAAAGCCAUCAAGAACAUCAAGGACAAAUUUGAGGAAACCAUGCCGCAGCAAGGCCGAAAAUGCACCAACAUUUUCAAUCGACCCUGGGAAGUUGCAGAGCUGUCGGUACGGGAUAGAGUGAUCCUUGUACAGGCAGAGCUGGACUUCACCAUUGACACGCUGAAGAAUAUUGAGGACCCCAGCCUAUCUGAGCAGCUCCCAAGGCCUCUAGAGUUCCUGACACACAUCAGGGAGGACUUAAAGAGCUGUACCUUUGAUCACCAUCACUCACACAAAAAAUCUGAGAAGCUGAGCAGUUGGUUGCAAAAAUUCCAUGAGGCUAAGAGUAAGGAAACACGCGAGUGCCUGGAGGAAUCUGUGAUCCUCAGUAUCUUCCGACUGCUGAACAAAGACUUGGCGUGUGCGGCUCUCAAGGAUGACUGCAUUGUGUCUCCUUAAGCAUCUGCUCACACAUUGGAAGUCCCACUGAAUGACAUCUCCAAAUUCCUUGUUACAAAAGCCUAUAUUUUAACAACCGUUAAAAUUGUAUUUUCAACUGCAGUGCUCUUCUGCAUUGACACUUUGACCUCAGAUGCACAAGAAGCAACUUAAUGAUGAUUUUUAUGUAAGAAAUUUGGGUACAACCAAUCUUUGUGAAGAGACCUUACUUAUUCAAGUUGCUUAUUGCUGAUGCAUCUUUCAACCAUUCUUGGUGAUGGGGCAAUUUCUUUCCAACACUUAAAGUUUAGGACCUGUUCAUAAUGAAAUGAGAGAUUCACCCAAUGAAAUUAAUGGACAAAAUUGGCUCCGGAGAUUAUC